UGUUUUUCACUUCAUGAUGUGCUUUUCAGCCAGUUGCUUUAGUAUAAUAUCGAAACGGCAUGACUCAGUAAAUGAACCAGUAGCGCUGCGGUAGCUUCAGACACACACGCCGCCUCCAGUCUGCUGCACACGUCGUGACUUGUGACCCAGUUUGGUUUGUUUUCCAGGACUGACCUGAGUGGGAUGAAGCAUCAGGAGCCUGAACACAGACUGAAGAUGAUGAUGUCUUAAUUCAGCGACGCAAAGAAGGAGAAAUAAAAUCAUCCCUUGCCUCAGUGGAAAAAAACACACCCAGAAACGAACGAUGGGUGAAGUGACUGUAGAAGUAGACGAGGAGGUGACGGAACAGGACUUGCUACCAGAGCCUCUCCUGAUCAUACUGUCCCCUCCUCCGCCUUUCUUACCUGUCCCAGGUGAACCAACCAUAUUUUGGCACAAGUGGCUCAAAGCUUUUGAACACUACAUUGAAGCGCUCGGUGAGAACGAGCUGGCCGACUCCAGCAAGUGCGUGCUCUUACAAAACUGCCUCGGCCAAGAGGGCCAGCGUAUCUUCACAGCACUGAUGCAGGGUGAAACCACUUACGCAGCAGCCAUCUCAGCACUGACGCUGUACUUCACCUCUGAUCACACCUCGCAGAUGCACCGCCUUAAAUUCCAUCAAAGGGCUCAGAUGCCCGGAGAGACUGUAGAGCAGUUUGUCUCUGCAUUAGAGGAGCUCUUGAGCCCCUGCAACUACAGAGACGUCCAAGACAAACUUAUUCUCACUCAGCUGAUUGAAAAAACAAACUGCCCACAACUGAAAGAGAGGCUUUUUUUAGAGAAGGAAACUCUGACCUUGGCCACAGCAUUGGUUAUUGGUAAAGAGGUAGAAUCUGCCUUAAAUCAUCCUGAGCUGUUUGACAUUCACGAAGUCAGUGUGGACAUUGGAGAUGAUUUAGACCCACCGGUUCGAAGAGUGGCAAAAAGAGGAAGGCCUCGACGCGGGGAGAAAAGGGUGAAAAUGAAACCAUGCGAGACUAAAACCCCAAGAAGAUCAUCUAGAAACAAAGAUAACUACUAUUACAGCAAUGAUAAGCUACAAUGCAGCAAUAAUGAGGACUCUAAGAGUGCCGAUGAAAGUAAUCUACCUUGUGAUAAAGGGGAUGAUGAUAAUGCCGCCUCAUCAUCGUCACAUAUGAUAGAGGAGGAGGAGGGCUUUGACAAAGCCAGCAAUGAUGGCGACGACGAUGAAGAUGAAGACUUCUCCCUCCCUCAGAGUAAACAAAAAGGUCCGUUUUGCCCCAUCUGUGUCGACAAGCGCUUCAGAGAUGCAAACAAGCUCGCCAGACACAUGAGGACGCACACAAAGGAGAAACCGUUCAGCUGCCCUGUCUGCACGAUGACCUUCAGCCAGUCCUAUCACAUGACCCGACAUCUGAGGAACCAGCACGGUGCGGGCCAGCACGUCUGCUCAACAUGCGGGACGAGUUUAGGAAGCUUUGCAGAGCUGCAGAGUCACAAGAAGACGCACACCAAAGUUCUCUCGUGUCCCGACUGUCAUGAGAAAUUCCUGAACAACGGUGCGUUUUUAAGUCACAUCAUUUCACACAGCAAAGACCGGUCCACCCAGACAGAGGGUUACCAGCACUGCGAUGACGAGAAAGAACAAGAAACGACCGAGUCAAGUAAUAAAGAUAACCAUGAGAGUGAUGAUUGUGAUGAUGAUUGUGAUGAUUGUGAUGAUGAUGAUGAUGAGGAGGAUGAGGAUGAUGCUGAGGACGAGCAGGCUGAUGCAGACUCCGGUAAUGACGACGCUCAGGAUAAAGAAUCUGCAGUUAAAGUUAAGCUUGAAGAUAAGGACUCUGAUGAAGCUAAAUCUCAAGAUGGCGACAGCAAAAAAGAAAAAGUUGCCUCCAAGACCAAAACUAAAGGUCAUUACUGCCCCAUCUGUGUGGACAGGCGCUUCAGAGGCCCAAACAAACUCGCCAGACACAUGAGGACGCACACGAAGGAGAAACCAUUUAGCUGCCCAGUCUGCACGAUGACCUUCAGCCAGUCCUACCACAUGACCCGACACCUGAGGAACCAGCACGGCUUGGGCCAGUACAUCUGUUCGAAAUGUGGGAAAAGUUUAGGUAGCUGGCCGGAGCUGAAAGCACACAAGAAGACUCAUGCAGCUGAAGGCCUAUCGUGUCCCGCUUGUGAUAAACAGUUCAAAGAGAAGGCAGCGUUUGUGAAUCAUCUGAAAUCACACAAGAAGGUCCAGCCCAGCCCUCGGUGCCUCGUCUGCAACGACUGCGGCAAAGAAUUUGGCCGAAUGUAUCAUUUGAAACGGCACAUAGUGACCCAUCGCAAAGCUACGAACGGCGAGUGUUACGAUUGCCCAAAGUGUCAGAAGAGCUACGCCUUCCCUGAAGAUCUUAACAAACACCUGGAGAUUCAUGUGAAGGAAAACAAUGGGACAUGUCCCAAAUGUAACCAAACCUUUAGCAGUCUAGAAGAGCUGGAGACACACAUGGUGGUUCAUGAAAAGUCUUACCAGUGCGGCACCUGUGGGAAGAAGUUUAAGGUGGAGUAUGCGCUGAAGAAGCACGAGCAAGGGCAUCAAGACGAGCAGUAUUACUGCUCAUUGUGCCGCAAGCGCUUCAUCAAGCUUUCUCACUACAAGAGGCACAUUAUGGUCCACGACAGACGGGAGUCCAGAUGUCCACACUGUGACAGCGUCUUUCUACAGUUAACAGCUUUGAAGUACCACCUGCGAACUCACACUGAAGAAAGGCCAUAUCAGUGCUCCUGUUGUAUCGAAACCUUUGAGGAGAAGGAACACCUGGAGCAACACUGCCUCAAACACAGGAAAUUCAAGAAGGAGAGGCCGUACUCCUGCACUCGCUGCGAUCACGCUUUCCCCACGCUGAUGGAGCUGACGGAGCACAUGAGCAUGCACGAGGGCGAGCAGCCACUGAGCUGCCCCAUCUGCGGCAAGACUUUCCUGAACAAGAACAAGCUGGAAAAGCACCUGAGCAUCCACACGGGGGAGAGGCCUCACCUCUGCUCUCUCUGCGGUAACGGCUUCCCCUCGGCCGCCAGCCUCAAGCUACACAGCCACAUCCACACCGGAGAGAAGCCCUUCAAGUGCUCGCAGUGCAGUAAGAGCUUCAGGUCGUCCAGCGGGCUGCGGCUGCACAGCAGGCAGCACAUGGAGGUGCGGCCCAGCUACGAGUGUCCAGAGUGCGGCAGGACUUACGGUCGCAUGACGGAGCUGAAGAUGCACCAGCGCUAUCACACGGGGGAUAAACCGUACUCGUGCACCUGCUGCAACAAACGCUUCAUUAGCAAAGACAAGCUGAACGUUCACAUGAGGAUCCACACAGGGGAGAGGCCGUACUCCUGCCAGCACUGUGGACAGACAUUCACACAGACCGGAGACAGAAACAGACACAUCAACAAAUACCACAGUUAGAUAUUGUGGUAACAGUGAAGCUUUUUGUGUUACUGGAUGGUAUCAGUGGUUUUGCAUGUUUGUUGAGUCGGGUGUCGUUUAAAUUUGAUUCAUUUGACCAAGCUGGUCAUUAUUUUUCAGAAAUGAGGAAGGUUAUUUUAUUUGGUAAGAAAAGAGGUAUUAUAAAGGAUAAUAUAAAUACUAUGUGUAGCAUAAAAUGAAAAGAAUCCACAUCACAGUAAAGUGUGGCCUUUAUUUUAUUUUUUAUUUUAUUUUAUGUUGCUUGCUUCAGCUUUGCUUGCGCGCCGUCCUCUUCCCCACUUUCAUUGACACCCAUGUUUUUAUGAGUGCAUCACAGUUUUAAGGAAUAGUGUGAAACUGGUGCAGUAUAUGUGUCGCCCGUGUGCUCUUGUGAGUCCAAAAUACUAACAAAAUUGUAACCCACUCUUAAAAUCACUGCUCCCUUGUGCUACAAAUAAACUCCACAGGGUACAUUAAGUUUCAUAGAGAUCAUAUUUAUUGCAGGCCUGUGUUAAUAGAUAAUAUAACAGGAGUAAGGAGUUAACGUUUAGCUGAGAGAUUUACAGAUAGUAAAUUGCUGUUUUGUGUGUCUUUUAGCAAGACAUACUUCAAAAUAUAGGGGUUGUCUUAUUGUUAUUUACAAAUAAUUAUACUAAAAAACUAAUUGCAGCAUCAGAAAAAUUACCUUAGAUUUAGUUGUGUAGUUAUUGCACCUGUCAAUCAAUAUUAUGGCGAUAAUAGGUUCCAGCCCUGUGCUUUGAUUUUUGUUAUUUAUAUUUGAAUUAUGCCUUUUAGACUGUGCGACAACAACAAUCGCGUCGGUCAGAUUGUAUGAUAUCCGUGAGUGAAUGUGCGAUGACUCGUAGCGCUGCGAUGUAAGUAGAAAAAAAGUAUAUGAACUCAGAGGCACGUCAUCCAUCUCCACUGCUCAUGUUUUGAAAGUGCAGCAAAGUCCCAUGUACUUCUUUUUUCAUUUCACCACGGACAAAUUAUUAUUAUUUAAAAAGUCAGUAUAUUCUGAUUGGUUAGUUUGUAGACAUGAGUCGUAGCAGCAGCCGCAUCGUGGAAAUUAAACCUCAAGUUUUUGAAUCUGACAGAAUUUUGACCCAGACUGAACAUUGACAAAAUAAAGAUUUGCCCAUGUUUCUCUCAAUUCUCAGCUCAAAAUCACAAAGUGUAAAGACGCUUUAAGACAUCCUCUGUAAACUUUGUGUAUUUAAAGCUCAGUGCUUUUUAUUGUUCGUUUACUUAAUGGUCAAUGGGGGGAAAAAAACAUGCAAAACCACUUAACAAGUGUCAAAAUGACUUUUCUGUUGAAUAUUAAGUGUUGACUGUUGCUUGUUAUCAGCAACCCACAAGCUUUAUACUCAGAUUUUAAGAAAUCACUACGUCACCCCUUAAUACAAAAGCCUUGCAUGAGGGUUUAGUCCUCACCUCUGUGUCUGACACAUCCUUCACACACACAACCACACACACACACACACACACACACACAGCACUUUGUCAUGUAAACACCUGUCUUACCGUGAAAUCCUCACACCUGUUACUGGCAUGUGAUUGGCUCUUUGACAUUUCCUGUGUAGGCGGGUCAGGGACACGCACCCCUCACCCCAGUUUAAAGCCUGACUUGAUACAAUCAUGAUCACUAAAAUGAACACAAAUGACACUAAAACAUGUCAGAGAUUAUGUUUCAUUAAUUUAGUUGUCCUCCCUACUAUAUAUGUGUUGGUAUGAUAUUGUGUUUGUUUCUUUUCACUUUUUGAUAUCUUUUUGUUUUGGCUUCUCUGUAACUGAGCUUUUUGUAACUGUGUUUAGAAAAGUGCCAUAAAAAUAAAACUAACUCACUCUUACUACAUGUUAGGAGGUUUAAACAAUGUAAGACACAUGCUCAAUACAUGUGUCCUCACUGUUCCUGUUUUCUCUCAAUAUGAACAGACUGAAUCUGUUACUUAAACCAGUGUACAUGCAUCAAAAUGAAUGUAUGGCUGCAACUUACAAUUAUUUUCAUUAUCAGUUUGUCUAUAUAAUGUCAGGAAAUAAAGAACACCUGUUGUAAUUUCCAAGAGUCAAA